GUGUAAACCUAAUAAACAUAGAUUAUGUGGAAAAGAAAGGGUUAUCUGGAGACAUUUGAACAAUGUAUCAACUAUUGGUAGUACAAGUGAUUAUGAGAUCAUUGGAUGUGUUCCUGGUGUUGAAGUUGAUAUUGACGGUGUUAAAGUGGUUCAAAAGUUCCAUGUGAAGUGUGGAUUUUGUUGUGAUGUCAUUCUUGGAAUGCCGUGGGUCAUGAAAACAAGGUGUAGUUUCGAAUGGAAGGAUGAAAAAUGUCACUGUAGUAUAAUGAAGAAUGAUGAUCAAAAAGAAAACGAAUUUGUAGAUGUUAGGUGUAUUAAAGGUAAAUUGACGGAGAAUGAUGGUGCUAGCGAAGAGAAAGAGAAAUGUAGUGAUGGAAAAGACAAUAAUGUUGAUGUUGUGAAUGUAAGGUGUGUAGUAAACAUAUUGGAAGAUAAUAAGGCUGAGUUUGAUUAUAAUGGGGAUGAACAAAAGGCAUUUGUUCAAUGUCAAAGCCUCGGGAAAAUGAGUUGUGGUAAUGAAACACGUGAUCACAACAUGUUAAAGGCUAAACGUAAUGUGAAUAAUUUUGUAAGAUUAAAUGGUGUAAGCUGCCGAAGGGUGAAAACAAGUAGAAAAGUCGUAAAUAAUGUGUAUGCGAGUUUAGUUGAAAGUGCAUUGCGAAAUGACAAUGCGAAAGUUAAGGUGAUGAAUACCUUGAGAUUUGAAAGUAAUGAAAGUUUUGAUAAAGGUG